AUGCCUUCUAGUGAAAGCAGGGCGUGUGCCUGCGCUAGCUUUCUGCCAGCUAAACGGCUCCUCAGAUCGUCAACGUCGUCGCAUGCAAGAGAGGUGGCGGCAGCGGCACAGCUGACAGAUGGAGUAACGGGAGGAAGGAGAACGAGGCAUUCGAGUAAGCAGACGGUGCUAUCGGCACAUACUAACCUCGAUGUUGGUCGGGAGCUUGGCGGGCCUUUAGGGGGCAAUGUUUGGUAUGCCACCCGUAAGCUGGAUGUUCAAAAGCUUUCAUGUCGGUGCCAUGGCCGUGUCGUCAUGCAAUUGGUACCCAUGCAAGGCACUCAAUUCUAUGUGAUUAGACGGAAGAAGACAAAGAAACCGUUGACAGGUUCCUCACGAACAGAGCCGGGCGGUAUCAGGGGAUGCAGCGGCUUGCGUGUUUGUUCCAACAAAUCGUCAACGGCCCUGGUUCGGUUCCCGCACCUGACCAGCGACCUUUUAGCCUCACAGGCCAGCCAGUUUGUGUGCCAGGAACAAGUGGUGCAGGCUGGUCUGCCUAGUUCAGGAGACGCACAUUUCGAGGCAAGGCACAAUGUAUGGAUCCUCGGAAAGUCUGGGACGGACUGGCCAAGUCUCUACUCGGACCAACCGCAGGCCUAGUGCUCAUUAGUCUAUAUACUACGUAGAUGGUAUGACGGCGACUAGCCAGUCAGGCGCGGUGCAAGACGGCCUGGCCUGAAGGCAGAGAGACC